CCUCUGGAUUCAGCCUCUCUCGUUCCCCAGGAAAGACUAAAGGGGACCAGUCCGAUCCAGGAUCUUGGGCCAAGUCUAGGCAUCCCAUCUGAUAGAAAGGCGGAGCAACUGGAUGCGUGGAACAUCUGGACCUACGGAGAUCUCCUAGCGCCCUCUGCAGCCAGCCUGGCCUGGGGCCGGUGGACAAGUGGGGACUCGCGGCCUCACACCCCUCCAACCCCCUACCACACCCCUGGACCCCACCCAGUCCUGUCUAAGAGUAAGGAGGGAGUCCCUGACAGAAACAGGGCGUGGGGAUCCAUGAGCCCAAGGAAACCACGGCCGUUGAGGACGCUCCGCCCGCUGUGAACUUCCUCCUCCUCCCACCCCUUCACCCCUACCCGCCAGCGCCCGGUGGCUGGGCACUGGAGACACGCGGCUGCGUUCUCGGUGCACUUGGGGCGCUAUUCUCUGCCCAUUCGCGCACAACUUCUGAGCUGUGCGCGGCUUAUUGGAUGUCCCGAACAGAGACAGCAUGGCUUGGAAAGAAAGUCGAGAAGCUGGCCCCCCAGGAGUAGCCAUCUGGAAGGCGGUGAUUAUCCUUCUCUGCCACCGGAUCCCGAGGAUCCAUCCCUACAACUUGGACACGGAAAACCCUCUGCUCUUUCACGGACCCAAAGGGACCCUGUUUGGCUAUUCAGUCGUCUUGCACAGCCAUGGGGACAACAGAUGGCUUGUGGUGGGAGCCCCCACCGCCAACUGGCAAACCAACGCUUCAGUGGUCAACCCCGGUGCAAUUUUCAGAUGCAAGAUUGGAGAGAACCCUAACCGGACCUGCGAACAACUUCAGCUGGGCAGCCCUGUUGGAGACUAUUGUGGAAAGACAUGUUUGGGAGAAAGAGACAAUCAAUGGUUGGGGGUCAGUCUUUCCAGACAGCCAAAAGAGAAUGGAGCUAUUGUGGCCUGUGGACAUCGAUGGAAAAAUAUAUAUUACAUGAAAAAUGACUAUAAGCUUCCCAGUGGUGUUUGUUUUCAAAUGCCCCCUGACUUGCGAACGGAGCACAGUAAAAGAAUGGUUCCUUGUUAUCAAGAUUAUCUGAAAAAAUUUGGAGAACAUUUUGCAUCAUGUCAAGCUGGAAUAUCUAGUUUUCACACAGAAGAUUUAAUUGUUAUGGGAGCCCCUGGAUCACAUUACUGGACAGGUUCACUCUUUGUAUACAGCAUUACUGAAAACAAGUACAAGGCUUUUGUGGACAAAAUGAAUAUAGUUAAAUUCGGAAGCUAUCUAGGAUAUUCUGUUGGUGCUGGUCAUUUUCGGGAUCGCCAGCAUACAGAAGUAGUUGGAGGAGCUCCACAGCAUGAGCAGAUUGGUAAAGCAUAUAUAUUCAGUGUUGAAGAAACAGAACUGAAUAUAUUGUAUGAAAUGAAGGGGAAGAAGCUUGGUUCAUAUUUUGGAGCCUCGGUUUGUGCGGUGGAUCUCAACGCAGAUGGCCUCUCUGACUUACUUGUUGGAGCCCCUAUGCACAGCAUUGUCAGGGAAGAAGGAAGAGUCUUUGUUUACAUCAACUCAGGCUCAGAAGCAAAAAUGAAAGAAAUGGAAAUUGAGCUGGUUGGAAGUGACAUAUAUGCUGCAAGAUUUGGAGAAUCCAUAGUCAACCUAGGGGACAUUGAUAAUGAUGGCUUUGAAGAUGUUGCUAUUGGGGCUCCUCAAGAAGAUGAUUUACAUGGAGCUAUUUAUAUUUACAAUGGCAGAAUAGAUGGGAUAUCACCAUCCUUUUCACAAAGAAUCCAAGGACUUCAGAUCCGCCAGUCCUUAAGCAUGUUUGGACAAUCAGUAUCUGGAGGCAUUGAUGCAGAUCAUAAUGGAUAUCCAGAUGUAGCAGUUGGUGCCUUUUGGUCUGAUUCUGCUGUGGUGUUGAGGACAAGACCAGUAGUGAUUGUUGAGGCUUCUUUAAAACAUCCUCAAUCAGUAAACCGAACCAAAUUUGAAUGUUUUGAAAAUGGACAACCUUCUGUAUGCAUGGACCUGACCCUCUGCUUUUCAUAUAGAGGCCGAGAGGUCCCAGGCUAUAUUGUUUUGCUUUAUAAUGUGAGCCUGGAUGUGGGCAGAAAGGCCGAGACCCCAUCAAGAUUUUACUUUUCUUCUAAUGGAACAUCUGAUGUGAUUUCAGGAAGCAUCAACGUAUCCAAUAUUACAGAAAACUGCAAGAAGCAUCAGGCAUUUAUGCGGAAAGAUGUAAGGGAUAUCCUUACUCCAAUUCAUGUUGAAGCAGCUUAUCACCUUGGGCAUCAUGUGAUUAGUAAAAGCAUCACUGACGAAUUUUCACCACUUCAACCAAUUCUUCAGCAGAAGAAAGAAAAAGACAUAAUUAAAGAAAAGAUAAACUUUGCAAGAUUUUGUAGCCGUGAAAAUUGUUCUGCUGAUUUACAAGUGUCUGCAAAAACUGGAUUUCCAAAGCCACAUGAAAAUAAAAAUUAUCUUGCAGUUGGAAGUACAAAGACUUUAAUGUUGAAUGUUUCAUUGACUAAUGCUGGAGAUGAUGCAUAUGACACAACGCUACACAUUCAUUUACCCAAAGGUCUUUACUUCAUUAAAUUUUUAGAUCUGGAAGAGAAACAAUUAUAUUGUGAAGUAACAGACAAUUUGGGUAUUGUGAAACUUGUCUGCAGGGUUGGUCAUAUAUAUGUGGAUCAUCUAUCAAAGGAAGACUUUAGUUUUCUCCUAGAUGCAAGCUCACUUAGCAAAGCAGAAGAUGACCUCACCAUUACAGUUAAUGCUACAUGUGAAAAUGAAUGGGACACAGACAGUCUGUUGGAUAACAAUAUGGCUUUAAUGAUACCACUGAAGUAUGAGAUUACAUUAAAUGUUCAUGGAUUUGUAACACCAGCUUCAUUUAUUUACGGACCAAGUGAGGAUAAUGAACCUGAAGCUUGUAUGAUGGAGAAAAUUAAUUUUACUUUCCAUGUUAUGAAUGCUGGACCUAGCAUGGCUCCUAAUGUGAGUGUGGAGAUCAUGGUACCUAACUCAUUUACCCCAUAUCACAACAAACUAUUCAACAUUUUGGAUGUCCAGACGACAGCUGGAAAAUGUGAUUUUGAUGAUUAUCAGAGGGUGUGCACUUUAUCACAAGAAAAGAGAAAAAUUGAGCCACUAAAAGAUAUAGUCAAUUUCUUUUCAAAGACUGAUAAAAGGCUAAUGUACUGUCUAAAAAAUGAUCUACAUUGUUUAGUUUUUUCCUGCAAUUUUGGGAAAAUGGAAAGUGGAAAAGAAGCCAGUGUCCAUAUUCAUUUGGAAGGCCGGCCAUCAAUUUUAGAAAUGGAUGAGACCUCGGCACUCAAGUUUGAAGUAAAAGCUACAGUCUCACAGGAGCCACAUCCAAAAGUUAUUGAAUCACACAAGGAUGAAAAUGUUGCAUAUGUCCAUCUAGAUGGAUUGCAUCACCAAAAGCCUAAGCCAUAUUUUCGUAUAAUGGUUAUUUCAACCAGUUUUAUACUGGGUUUCACUGUAUUUUUAUUUCUUUCAUACAUCAUGUGGAAGGCGGGUUUCUUUAAAAGAGAAUAUAAAGCUAUCCUUCAAGAGGAAAACAGAAGAGACAGUUGGAGCUAUGUCAACAGCAAUAAAGAGAAUUAAAGACUUCUUUACAGUAUAUCAGUCUCAGGUUAACUAAAAAAAGAUGGAAGACACUGCUUACAAGAAAACAUCGUCAACUGAAUUCUACUGUGUUUACUCAUCUUAAUGUGCUUUUUUAUUGGGGGGGGGAGCUUAAAUAUGACCAUGUGGCAGAAUGUAUCAUAAUUCCAGUAAGCAUCUAAAUGGUGAUUGUUGUUUCAAGAAGAAUGAAAAAGAAGGUACCUGAAGCAACCCAAGACAGCAUCAUUCUCAGGUGUUAGAAGAAUUGAAGAACACUAAAAAGGUUUAUUUCUUCAGGAUGAGUAGUUCUCUGAAGAGAUCAUGGGAUGCCAGUAUAUGUGAACUGAGUUACAUCGUGGAGAGAAUAAGCAACUCAGUUUAGCAAAUCCUUUUACUUGAAGCAUCCUUUUGAAUAAAUGUAUUUGCAAGCUAUACUCAUUAUAGUGGUGAAAUAAACCCUUAUCAAAUGGA